CUUUGACCUACACCACAGCUCAUGUCAACUCUGGAUCCUUAACCCACUGAGUGAAGCCAGGGAUGGAACCUGCGUCCUCAUGGAUACCAGUCAGAUUCGUUUCCGUUGAGGCAUGACCGGAACUCCCGAUUUACCACUUUUCAUGUUGACCUUGAUCACGUGGUUAAAGCAGUGUUUGUCAUUUUCUCCAGCGCACAGUAAAUCUUAUUCCCCCUGCUCCUUACAUACUGCCCUCUUUGGAAGGUCACCAUGCAGGCCCGUACUUAAAGAGAGUUAUGCCCUCCUUCUAAGGACUGUGUUUUAACAAGCAAAAUAACUCACACAACAGGUACCUAGCUCUUCACUGGUCAGGCUUUGCCCUUUCAGCAGCUGAUCUGAGCUCGAUAAAUAAGCUACACUGGCCACCUAUCUCCUGGAGCCUCAUUUUUCUUACCUGUUAAGUGGGCGUUGCUGCUCAUCCUUUACCCCCUAGGACUGUAGCGAGUGGAGAGUCUCAAGGUCAAAGUCAGUUGCCUCUGCCUCCCCCGCCUGGCCAGAGAUGGGUAGUGACUAGUGGGGUUUCACCGGAAGCCUGCCAACGCCAGGCCAGUCGGAGUUCCAACCACACCUGGGUGCGGAUUCCGCCCACACCCCGGGGCGAAAGGCAGGUGCACUUCCGCCAGCUCCAAGGACCUGGCGCGUGGCAGACAGGGCGGGGCUGGCGAGGGGCAGCCGUGCCGCGCAGAGGCAGCUCCCGCGGGGCAGGGAUGAUGAGCCUGGUCUCGGCGCCCGGCUCCCGGCCACUUGGCCGGGCGGCGCCCACAGCGGGUCCGCGGAGGGAAUCUCCUGUGGUGGAGCUCAAUGUCGGGGGUGAGUUCUAUACCACCACCUUGGGCACCCUGAGAAAAAUCCCGGGCUCAAAGCUGGCGGAGAUGUUCUCCAGCUCAGCCAAGGCCUGCACAGACGCAGAGGGACGCUUCUUCAUCGAUCGCCCUGGCACCUAUUUUGGACCCAUCCUGGAAUAUCUGCGCAGCGGGCAGCUGCCCAGGCAGCAUAUCCCCGAGGUGUACCGUGAGGCUCAGUACUACGAAAUCGAGCCUUUGGUCAAACUCCUGGAGGACAUGCCACAGAUUUUUGGUGAGCAGGUGGCUCGGAAGCAGUUCUUGCUGCGGGUGCCAGGCUACAGCGAGAACCUGCAGCUCAUGGUACGCCUGGCACGUGCGGAGGCCGUGGCGGCACGCUAUUCGGAAGUGCUGGUGUGCGUGGUGCACAACGAAAAGGAUGAUGCGAACUGUGUGGACACCCUUCGCCUCCUGGAAGCGGACAAGAGGUCAGUGGUCAAGUUUGGGCCUUGGAAGGCAGCCCCGACCAUUGAUCACCUCCUGGACUGCGUGAAGAUGGAUAUUAAGGCCCAAGGGUACCAGGUACAGUGUUCAAAGCACCUUGGAUUGCCGGCCAAUUACUUCUAUACCUUCUGCUUCACCUGGUGGUGAUCCCCAGGAGAGGGGGCUGUCUGUAUGGGCUCUAGUGGCCCUCGACAGCCAUCAUUCUUUAAUUUCAAAAACAAACAUCGGAAACUUCCAACGUGGUCUACUUGCGUCUCGCCCCUGAAUAUUCAUUUCUGCUUUAAAGACUUUUCACUCAUUGCUGUUGACUCUAUUAUUCCCUCUUUAAAGCCUCACGUCCCUGCCAGACCCUUCCCUCGAAGGCCAGUGGCCAGGUGGAGAUGAUCGGACUGUCUGAACAAUGCCACGGCUGGAGAUGCAGUUUGACAACAGGAAAAUAACAGGAUGCCGUGAAUCUAGAGUCAGACCUAAAAAUGUAAUUUAACCAGCUGCCGCUUGUGGUCCAGUCUUCUAGCCCUGGUGUGUGCCUUUCUGAGGAAAACUGCCACGUUAUGUCUGGAGUAGAUGCCGCUCAGGUCUCCUUUCCCUGAUGCUGUCAGUGCUGGAUGCUAAAGCAUCUUAUCUAGAGCAGCAGUUCUCCAAGUGUGGUCCCAAGACCAUCAGCAUCCUCAACAGGUGGGAACUUGUUAGAAAUACAAAUUUCUAGCCCCUGCCUCAGACUUAGGGAAUCAGAAACUCUGGGAGCUGGCCCCGCGGUCUGUUUUAACAAAGCCUCCUAAUUUUUUUUUUUUUUUUUUUUUUAUCUUUUUGCCAUUUCUUGGGCCUCUCCCGCGGCAUACAGAGGUUCCCAGGCUAGGAGUCGAAUCAGAGCUGCAGCCACCAGCCUACACCAGAGCCACAGCAAUGUGGGAUCCGAGCUGUGUCUGCAACCUACACCACAGCUCACAGCAACACGGGAUCCUCAACCCACUGAGCAAGGGCAGGGACCGAACCCGCAACCUCAUGGCUCCUAGUUGGAUUCGUUAACCACUGCGCCACGACGGGAACUCCCAAGCCUCCUAAUUCUGAUGCUCUUUAAUUUUGAGACCUGCUCUAGAAACGCAUGACCGUGUCACUUGUGUGGAAAUACAGAAGACUAAGCUCUUAUUGUCUCAAGGAGGAACCAGCUGAUACAGUUUCUGUCUAGACCUCCUUGUGGGGUUAGGCUGAAGUCAAAGUGAGUCUUCAUUGAACACGUCGUUCUUACUUAAUGGUCUUCCUCUGCUUCCCCGGCUUCCCUCACUCCCCUUCCUCUGAGAACACACGUGUCCUCCAUAAACCACGUAAACAAGAGACUCUCAGGUUCUGCUUCUCAAGCAAAGACAUGAAGCAACUCUAAGGAUGAUACGUUCAUCUUUCCUAAAUUCAGGUUUGGGGUACAUGGCCCCCUUCCCCGCCUAGUAGGAUGACCAGCUAUUCUGGGCUCGCUGGGACUGAAGGUGAGGUAUAAAUGUAAGUCGUUGAAGAAUUAGUACUGAAUCAGGGAAUUUCACAUUUAAACGUCAAAUUGCAGGCAACGAAGUCGUUUUCAAUGAGUGUUUUAAUUCAGUAAUUGCAUCUACUUAUAUAUAUAUAUUUUUUCCUUAUUUUCAAAGCUUGUUCUAUGUUUUCUUUUUUUGGAAAAUUAAAGUGGAGAAAUCCUGAAUGUCUGUUUGAACCUAAUAUCAUGAAGCAAUUCAACAUUACUCCUCAAGAGCCUGAAGAAAAAGUUCAUACCCUUUGAUUAAUAAUUACACGUCUGAGAUCUGCUUCCAGGAAGAUACCCUUCCCCAUAAGAUCUAAAUAUCUCGAUUUGCGUAUUUAAAAAUCUUAAAUCUCAAUUUCGUGACAGUUAUGGAAAGGCUAAUGUCCUCUCCAGGAUGCUUGCACAUUCCCAGGAGGCUAAUCUUCUGGGGCUCUGGUUCUCUGCUCCUGCAAGAUUCAUUCAGCAUGGGGAUCAGCUAGCUGUCUUAACUCUGUAGUUGCUGUUCUACAUGGUGCUUACCCAGAUUUAACACUCAGACCUUUUUCUUAAUUUUUACAAAUGCCACUCCCAUCAGCUAUUUGUGCACAUCGCAGACUGUGGCAACUACAGGCAAAGAGAAGGGAGUUUACAGCACAGAAGUGCAAACAGCUUCAAAGUGAACAUUGGACAUAACUGUUCUUAAAAAUGUCUUAGUCACCUCCAUCACUAGGGGCUUUUCCCUGGUGGAUCAUGUUUGUUUCCUAUUCUUUUUUCCCUUCCUUUUCCUGCCAUGCAGGUAGGAGGGUAGGUGGAAUUGAUCUUUCCUGCCCUCUGAGUUCUUAAUCUGGCCAAUGGAAUAGAUGUGGAAAUGACAGUAUGCCAGUUUCAAGGUGAGGCUUUUGAGGAAUACCAGGUUUCUACCAGCUCCCUUGUGUUCUUAUCAUUUGCCAAAAGACUUUGUGUCAGUUUAACUACCUCUUUUAUUGCUCUGGCUGCAGCCUGCAUUCCUUAGGAUCUGAUUCUCCUCCUUAGCAAUUUACCAAACUCUUUUAUUAAACAAAGGCAAUUCCAAUAUCCCCUCGACUCCCAAUCCAUAAUACAAUGAAGAUAACAUGUUUAUAUCCCAACCUAGAAUAGCAAAACAAUUGGACAUAAGUCAACUUAGUUACAUUACACCUAUAUAAUGCAAUGUUAUAUAGUAAUUAGAAUUAUAGAUAGCUUACAAUUAUUGGGAAGGAGAUUAAUUCAGUACAAUUUAAUUAAAUCUUCACUCUAAGAAGGAUUUAAGAUGGUUGGGCUUAAAGGCAAUGGAAAAAAGGAAUAUCCAAAAAGAUAUAAGUUAAAAAUACAUGAAGUGGACAGUUUUGAUUGCCUACCCAAUAAUACUAUCGCCUCUCCCCCUCUGAAAAAGCAAAGUAAGUAAGGCUCAUUAAUAAUGUCCAAAACACCAUCUCUGAGCAACCCUAUUAAAAAUAGCAGGAGACCUGAAUAGACAUUUUUCCAAAGAAGAGAAACGGAUGGUCCACAGGCACAUGAAAAGAUACUCAUCAUCCCUAAUUGUUCGGGUAAUGAAAAUCAAAACCAUAAUGAGAUAUCCCCUCGCACAUGUCAGAAUACUGUCAUCAAAAGGCCGCAAAUAACAAAUGUUGGCAAGAAGGUAGAGAAAAGGGAACCCUUGUACACUGUUGGUGGGAAUGUAAAUUGGUGCAACCACUAUGGAAGAUAGUAUGGAGGUUCCUUAAAAAACGAAAAACGGAACUACCAUAGGAUCCAGCAAUCCCAUGCCGUGGUAUAUAUCUGAUGAAAACAAAAGAUACAUGCACCUCA